AUGGCAAGCCCUACUGAAGCUGUUAUUGAUGAGACAGUACUGGGUACACCGGUCCCAGUGGCCCAUUCAACCAUCAGUCAGAAAACUAAGCAACGCACGUAUUUGGUCACCAACCCGAACUUAAUCCCCGUGGCUCUACCCGCUCUGGAACAAUCCACCGACACCCUUCCGGCAAGCCCACAAAUAGAGCAGCUCCCCGAGGUGAUGAAUUCAGAUCCAUCCAAAACUAGUCCAAGUAUUCUCAACAUUGAGUCAAUGAAAGGUGCGGUUCGUCCACUCCAGGGAGGUACGUACGCCCUCACUCCUCGUACAAAUACCACAAACCCUGUUCCUGGAGUAUCGUUUGAAGAGACCGAGGCUGAAACACGCCAAAUAGAGUUUGACGAAGCGGAACUAAAAUGUCUAGAAGACGCUUUUAGUGAUUUGGAUUCUCCAAGGUCCGAAAUGGAUGCCACACUGCCAACUAAAGCUUGUGCAGCGCUUUCUACUGGACAUCAUGCGUUAGAUCAAGAUAAUUCCGUCCCACAAUAUGACAACAGUGCAACCACAAUUUCCUCCUUGCAUUCGGCAUUGGAUGAUCACCAGGCAGAUAAAACUCUUUCAAACGGUGCUACCAGUGCGAGUUGUUCAGACUGUGCUAUUCAGCAAACUACCGGCCCUUCUGAAUCGGUGUCCCCGAUCAACAACGAGCCUUUCUCUCAUUUGCCUAGCCUCACUGGUCUAUCUUCCAUUUUGGAAAAGGAGAAUGCGGUGGACAACGAAUCCAUUACUGCACCCAGUUCUCAAACUUCCACAACCCAAUCCAAUCCGUUAUUUGUUAAUGUACCGCUGCCAGAGCAUGGUGCAGACUCCAUACCACAAAUUCCCGCUGAUAGUCCGGUCGACGCUUGUGGCCCAGUAGAACAAUCGACAACUCUGGUCAGCUGUUUGCAUAUGUCUGAUGUAGAUGGAUUAUUGGAUUAUGUUGGGACAGACCGAUCUCCAUUGUGUCUAGACAGACGCCUGGAAAAAGACGCGGGUUUGCAAACUGCACCGUUGUUGAAACAGUUGAACCGGCAAACUGUUGCACGUUUACGUGCUGUACGACCCAGAAAUGACAAACAGCCGCCUACUCCACCCGCCACUGUUUCCACCACCUCCGAUGCCUCUAGCACCAAUACGGUUUCAAAAUCUGUUGAAACCUAUGCACGGAACAUCUCAGAGGAAUCCAGGAUAUUCUUCAUCAUGGGGUUUGAGAGAGCAGAGCUGUAUACUGCCGAGCGCGUCCCCAAGUCGUGGAUCGGGGAACGGCCGCUAACUAGCGGUUAA